GCGUCGCCGCCCGCGCUCCAGCAGCGGAGCCCGCGGCUGCUGGUGCCUUCGGCGUGCCUUUCUUUUGAAAAGAUGAAGGCGGCGGCGCCAGGAGGGAGGAGGAGAAGCUGACGAGCCCCUUUCCUCGCCCAAGCUGUUCCCGCGCGACCACCAUGAGGGAAGAGAAAGACGCCGCCUCCCCCGCACCCCCUCACGGGCACAACAAACUUGCCAGCCAAGCUCCGGACAGCGCCGCGGCGCGUUCCGAGCCCAGCAGCCUGAGGAACGGCUACGUGAAGGGAUGCGCGACCCCGCUUCCCCAGAGCCCGCCGCUGGGCUUCCUGUCUCUGCUCCCGGCCGCUUACCGCCGGGCGCUCUUCUUCGCUCUGGGCGCCGCGGCGGCUGCCCCAGCGCUCCUCUUGUGCUGGUGGUUCCCGUGGAGGGACAGCGAAGGGGAGGCGGCGACGGGGAGCCCCCGCGAGGCGGCCGGGCUCUUCCCGCUGGUCGGGCUGUGCGAGUGCUUGAGCCCUCUCUUCAGCCUCGCCUGCGCCUUCUUCUUCCUCACCUGCUACCUGGCCCGGGGCGAGUCUGGCGGCUCCUGGUGGCUCCUGGCAUUGCCCGUGUGUUGCUACUCGGGGGACGUGGUGGCGCUGCAGUGGCUCCUGCUGCCCCGCCAAGACGAGGCGGAGGAGGGCGCCCCCCAGCCCUCACCGGCCGAACUGCGAAUGGUGGCCGGGCGGCUGCUGGCCGCGCUGAGCUCGGUGGCCGGGCUGACCCUCUUGCAGCGCAGCCUCAGACUCCGCAGGAGCCUGAUCGUCUUGGUUUUCUCCAGCCUCGUGUGGCUGGUCUCGCUCACCAGCCUGGGCUCCCUGCCGCCGGCCCUUCGGCCGCUGCUCUCCGGCUUAGUCGGGAUGGUGGGCUGCCUGCUGGCGCUGCUGGGUGGGGAGCACUGCAUCUUCCCUCCUUGCUGUUCACCGGGCCGGGGACCGCAGCACCAGCCUCAGCACGCUCACCCGAAGUUGCUCAGCAGCGCGGAGGAGAAAGUGCCCGUCAUCCGACCCAGGAGGAGAUCCAGCUGCGUGUCCUUGGGGGAGACGUCCACUAGUUAUUAUGGCAGCUGCCAAAUGUCCAGGAGACCUUCGCUGCCGUGCAUUUCCAGAGAACAGAUGAUUCUUUGGGACUGGGAUUUGAAGCAGUGGUAUAAACCUCAGUAUCAGAAUACUUGCAGUGGAACUGGAGUUGAUCUUUCUGUACUAAACGAGACUCGCAACAUUGUGUCUGAUCUCCUGUGUGAUCCAGUCCUUCCCCCACAUGUGAUUUCUUCCCUCAGAAGUAUCAAUAGCUUGAUAAGUGCUUUAUCAGGCUCAUGUAAACCAAAAGUUAACCUAUUUACACCUUUUCCGGGCUUUCACCUCUGUCCAGAAAUGGAAGACUCAUCUGAAAGAGGAGAUCGUAAGCUGCAUAAGAUACUAAACAGCCGAAAUAGCUUACCAACGCCACAGUUAAGGCGUAGUUCAGGAACCUCUGGGCUGCCGCCUAUUGAACCAUUGUCUAGAUGGGAACGCAGUAAUGGCAAACGUUUGCAUCAUGAGUAUAAUCCUUUAAGUCAAGGAUCUUAUCCAAAUGGGCCUUUGAACUCAAACCUGUUGACAAUACCAAAACAAAGAUCAUCUUCAAUGACCCUAGCUCAUAAUAUAGGAUCCAGACGAGCUGGUAUUUCCCAGAAUCUCAGUUCUGUGACUUCACCUAGUAAUGGAUUUCUAUCUAGUGGGUGCCACCGAUUACCUGUAGAAUUUCCUGAUACUGCUGAUUCCCUCACUAAGCCAAAUGUUAAUAUGCAUAAAUCUCUGGGAUGCACAUUUAGUUCUUCAGAUGUCCAGCAACAAUUGAGAACAAUUUCACAUUAUACAUGUAGUAGUUGUGGACGACAGAUAUUCAAAUCUGUUGCAGCUUCAUUAUCGGAAUCUAUAGCAGAAUAUCAAAGCCAAAAAUCAGGUGAAGUUGGAAACAGUGAUCUUUCAAAAGAUUCUACCCAUUUUACGGAGAAGCGUAAGGAUGAAACUGGACAGGCAGAAAAUCACGAUCAUCGAAUGGAUCAACCAGAGAACAAUCAGCAUGAUAUGGAAAAAGAUCUUUCAUUUGAACUGAUGGAAGUAGAAGACCAUGAUACAUUAAUGGAGAAAAUGAAUAAUUGGAAUUUUCAAAUAUUUGAUCUUGUUCAAAACAUGGGGAAUAAGUCUAGAAGAAUCCUUAGUCAGGUGGCAUUCACUUUGUUUCAAGACACUGGCUUGUUUGAAAUUUUCAAAAUUCCAGUUUGGCAAUUCAUGAGCUACUUUCAGGCACUAGAAAAUGGUUAUCGAGACAUUCCUUAUCACAAUCGGAUACAUGCAACAGAUGUUCUUCAUGCUGUGUGGUAUCUGACAACACGACCAAUUCCUGGAUUUCAGCAAAUGCACAGUGAUUCUGUGACAGGAACUAGCAUUGAUCUGGAUAAUGAUAUUUCAACUGGCCAAGUUGUUUAUACUUCCUCCAAGAGCUGUACAAUUGUUGAUGAGAGUUAUGGAUGCUUAGCCUCAAAUAUUCCAGCCUUAGAAUUAAUGGCUUUGUAUGUAGCAGCAGCUAUGCAUGACUAUGAUCAUCCUGGUCGUACAAAUGCAUUUCUGGUAGCUACAAAUGCUCCUCAGGCUGUGCUGUACAAUGACAGAUCAGUUCUGGAAAAUCAUCAUGCAGCUGCUGCAUGGAGCCUUUUCUUAUCACUACCAAAAUAUAACUUUCUGUGUAAUCUUGAUCAUGUACAAUUCAAACGGUUUCGAUUCUUAGUGAUUGAAGCAAUCCUUGCUACGGAUCUCAAGAAACAUUUUGAUUUCCUUGCUGAAUUUAAUGCCAAGGUCAAUAAUGUGAAUGGUCAUGGUAUUGAAUGGAACAAUGAAAGUGAUCGUCUUUUAGUGUGUCAGAUAUGCAUCAAGCUGGCAGAUAUCAAUGGCCCAGCAAAACAUAGAGAUCUACACUUGAAAUGGACAGAGGGCAUUGUUAAUGAAUUUUAUGAGCAGGGAGAUGAAGAAGCAAGUCUUGGAUUACCUAUCAGCCCUUUUAUGGACCGACAUUCUCCUCAACUUGCAAAAUUACAAGAAUCGUUUAUUACUCACAUUGUUGGUCCCCUCUGUAAUUCUUAUGAUGCAGCUGGCUUGCUUCCAGGUCAGUGGGUUGAUGAAAAAGAAGAGGACAUGGAAAGUUCUGAAGAUUACAAUGCAGAAGAGUUUGAUAGUGAAGAGGAUGAAAUGGAAGAUUUUUGCACAAAACUACAGAGAAGAAAAAACAGACAGCGCAUAUUUUGUCAACUAAUAUACCAUUUAAAUGAAAAUCAUAAAGUAUGGAAGAAAAUAAUUGAAGAAGAAGAACUAAAUAAACCAGAAGAGGAGAAACAGUCAGAAACCACAUCCUUAUGUCAAACAGAUGAAAUUCAGGUUAUUGAGGAAGCAGAUGAAGAAGAGGAAUGUCAUCAAGGAGAAGAAAAGACAUCUUAAAAAACUCAGAAUGGAGUGCAGAACUGCUGUUGGAAGCAUUUGCUCUUUCUCAUAAAGCUGAAAAGGCAUAUGUUCUUUCUCAUAAAGCUGAAUUUAGGUAGACACAGUUGUCAGAACUAUGAAAGGUCUGAAUAUUGUGAAAGGACAUUCAUUUUGCUAACAGUAUCCCACUUCUAUGCACUUUUACCACAUGGAACUAGAAAACUUUAUUCAGAGAUAUAUUGAAUGCUGUAUUCCAUGAUGCGAAGGCUUUAUGCCCCCAACGUGGUGUUCAGAUAUCUUGUUUUGCUGCCUUGCUAAAAUAGCUGCUUAUUAACAAAGUGGUAUUUAAAGUUUUUCUUAAAAAAAAAUCAGCAGCCUCAGUUACCAAAGUCACUAGAAUAUUUUUGCUUACAAGAGCUAUUUGGCUGAAUACUUUUAAUGUUUUGAAAGUUGUAUUUUAUUUUUAAUGUGAAUCUACAAAUCACUGUGCCUAACUACCAGUAUGAAUGUUGCAGUUAUUACCAGUUUGAUUUGCAAUAGUUUUUUUAAUGAUAUUAUCUUGGAUUGAUUUAACCAUUUGAUGACUGCAACCAGAAUAGCUAAGUUCUGGAUUUUGUGGUUAAAACUGAAUCCCAUGUGCAUCAGUUUGAUGCUUUUUACUGUGGUGCUUAACCUGCCAUUUUAUUUUUCAGAAAAUGUUCAGGUUUGCAGUGAGUAUCCAGGCUAGUUUGCGAAUACACCUGUUGCCCUUUUCACCUUGUUCUGAAAAGGAACUUAAAAGCUAUUUCACUAUUUUAAAAUUAAGGGAUUUUAUUAUUUUAGUCAGUUAUAAAUGUGUUCACUCUUACUCAGGAUUCAUGUUCAGAAACAUGACACAACAGAUUUUAUAUUUACAAUCUUGUGCUAAUGCUAGGUGUUCAUUAAAAAUGACCUUCUCUUUGUAUGUAAACUUAAAAUUAAAAGAUUGUUUUCUAUUAAAAAGUGUUCUAAACUCCAA